GCAAAGAGAUAAUAACUUACUAUACAUAUGUAUAUCACAUCGGUACGUCCCUGCUGUUGCAAGCGCAACGGAGAAUAGGACGCGUCUGCUAAAGUCCGGUUUUUGAACUUCUUGCGUUCGUCAGAAACUCGCAAAGAAAGGCGGACCCGUAGCACAUCUGCAACAAUCGAGUAAGAAAGCAGAGAUGGGUGACUUCAGCACGAAGAAUGAAGCCGCCGGUGCGAUGAUGGGGAAGUUCGUCAGCGCCUCAGAGAUAGAGUCUGCGCGGAAUGAGCGAGAACAGGAAGCAAAGGCUGAAGGCAGAGAGGUUGACGAUAUUCCUUAUGACCCACGGCCACUGUAUGAACGCCUGGCUGAGAAGAAGCGUAUAGAGGAAGAAGAAUUUGCGGAGAAGAUGAAGUUUGGUAACCUCGUGAGGAGACUUGAUGAAGACGAAUACCAGUUUCUCUCAAACUACUCGGACGAGACCGCAAAGAAGGACCACGAGAUUGCACAGGAAACACGGCGGGAGCUGGACGCGUUCCGGAAAGCAGUGGCAGAAGCACAACCACCGAUGGAUGUCAAAGCAGCCGCCGCGCGGACAACAGCAGCAGAUCCCACGCAAAAGAAGCCACCUGCUGCACAGGAUUUUCAGAGGAAUCUGUUGAAGGGUGUGAUGGUCAGAAAACGGAAGUCGGAGGAUUUGGUGGUUCCAUUGGGGAAGAAGGCGAGAACGGAUGGGGAUGCAUCGAAAUCACCGAAGGCGGCGACUGCGGCCACCAAAAUUACCAGGGUGCCAGAUACCAAACCAGCACCGGCUGCACCCGCAAACCCAUUAGGGCUGUUCUCAUCCUAUGCCAGUGACGACGACAGUGAUAGCAGUUGAGGCCCCUUUUCCCGGUGUAUAUGGCGGAUUCGAACGAGCCAUGCAUAGAUGCGAGAUUCCAUGGUGUAUAUGAACAGUAGAUUGCAUAUUU